AUGUCCAAGAUCGUCGCCCUCCGAGACGAUCAAAUCGCAAUUGAGCUGUCUCUUACCCGACACGUUGAGCGCUUCAAGCUUGACAACCCCGAGCACCCCUUGGUUGAGAUGCUUGCAGAGGCAGAGGAAAAGGCCAGAGGAGGACGGGCGCGGAAGGGGAUUCCAACGGUGAGAGACGCUCGAGAUCUGCUCGAGGCCCACGUUAUUGGACUGGCGGAUCUCGUAACCUGCACCACCUACAAAGCAGAGACCCUUCGAAGUCUCCGCUUCCACGCUACUACCUUGAUAGCCGACGAAGUCAGCCAGCUCAGUGAGCCGGACAUCUACCCCGCACUCACGGUCGGGGUCCUGAAGCAUAUCAUCCUCGCCGGCCACGACCAACAGCUACCGGUCACCAUCUGUUCGUUUGAUGCAGGCGCCAACCCGCUCGGUCAGCAGCUCCGAUAA